AUCAUUGUCCUCUCUAGCAGUCACCGCGCCAGUGUCUCCACCACUGUCCUCUCCAGCACAGCUAUCACCCCACCAGUGUCCCAAACUCUUUAAUCUACUUAACAUUCUCCAACACUUGCUACCACUCUUCAACCUUCACCAAUAUGCAGACAACUGUCCUAGUCAGCAUGGUACUGUUACUUGUAGUGACAGUUACCCCACUCCACCACACAACACAAGAGCUACACCCUUAUCCAUGGGUACAAUAUGAUGAGCCCGAUAUCUCCGUUUACUCAGAAGAAAACGAGUUGAGUCACGAUCGAAGCAAGCGACAGACUUCAGUAUCAGCAGGAGUCAAUGUCGAGCAUCUUCCCCAUGACAUCAGGAAGGAGAGCGCUAAUCUGAACCUUGAACACAGCAUCAACCGACACACACUAAACGCUGGCAUCAAUUAUGAACGAGCCAGAAUUCCCGGGUUUCCCAGCCAGAAGAACGUGGGAGCUAACAUAGGCUACGAGUUCCGACCCAACAAGGACACAUCCUUUUCCUUGAAUGCUGAACACAGCCGUGGUAGUGGUGGCAGGUCCAACAGUUUUGGUGCUCGUUUUCAACACUUUUUCUGAAUAUAAGGCAUCACACGAUGGGAUAAUGAACAUCGGAACCUCCAACACUUCACUACUGGACAACCACAAGAUUUUCAGUAUCACUGAGGGAAUGUAAUGUACACAUUACGCUAAGAUUUAUUCUAAUAAACAUUAUUCAAAAUUA